UGUUGCUUAGCGUUGGCAACUUCGCAUAGACAUUUAGGAAGUUUGAUCAGCAAAGUAAUUAACAAACAACGGGGCUGACAUAAUCUAUCUCAAAAUCUGAAAUAUCCAGAGAAAGCGUACCACAUUUCAUCUGUUGGAAAAUAUUACGAUAAUUAAUCCCGCUUAAUUAUCGCUGUGAGGAAUGCCACAUAAUUGAGGACGGUUUAGCAGAGGACAGAUUGUAGGCGGAGAGUGACAGUUCUCAAGCCUUCGUUGUGUGUGAGUCGAUGUUUACGGACAGGAUGUACCGCGCAACGCAGAAAUGUAAAGCCUAAUGGAUAUACCCCUGGUGAAGAUAGGAAGGCCAAGAGUACGUGAGACAACAGCAACAGCAUGGAGAAACAGCCUCUCCAUAGCAGCACCUCAGGGGGCUAUGCCCGAGAACCAUUCUUCCUGGCGAAUAUCACCAUCAUCUGUAGAUUGUGGGGUCUCGCUACCAUUGCAGUGAUAUGGGCUGGAGCCGUGACGACGAUACAAUCCGGACAUGACCAGUACUACGUCGGCUGGUACCUAGUAGGAGCUGGGGUCGUGGUGACAUGGUUUGAAAUAACCUGGUUCUUUGACAAGUCAGCUUGUUGUCUACGUGAAGGAUGCUGCUGCAAGUGCUGGUCGAUCAUGAUGUGGGUGGACAACUGGAAGAAGGGCAUCUUUUACCUUGCCCUGUCCAUCCCGACCUUCAUCAGCGGUAUGAGAAUCAUACUUGGUAUGGUCAGUGGUCUCCUGCUCAUCGUCCUCGGCUGUCUGUACAUCGUCAAGACCUUCAAGUACGGCAUCGUCUACACCAAGCAUGAGACGCGCUACGUGAGCACGUCCACGCCCAAGGUGAGCAUGGUGACUCACGAGAUCUCAACUCAAACCGACGACGACAUGUACUACAGUCUCCUGGCGGAGUAUCAGCGUCGGCAGCAGGAGCAAGAGAACCUUCAACAGCUACGGCAGAUGCCGUGACCCAUGUCGUGAAUCUAGCAGUUGUAUGGGGUUAGGGGAGUAGAGGGAGAAGAGGAAGGGAAGUAGAGUAUACAUUAGUACGUUGAUCUCAGAGAAGGUGGGUGCCAAUCAUCAAGUUCAACGAAAUACACUGGCAUCGUAAUGGGGAGGGGUGUUGAGGCAAGGGCGGGGUGGGAUGGGGUGACUCAAACCAAGCUCAACUAGAUGUAUGGGGCGGGGAACAGGGCUAGGGAGGAUCUCAAGGCAAGUCAUAAGCUAUAUGCAGUUUGGACGACAUUUAAAUACGUCACAACUACAAAAUCUGAUUGGUCUCAAUCGGACACCGUGCAGUAACACGAACGUUAACAUUUGUGUGUAGAUGGACUUCAGUGGAUACCUCGAGGACAACGGUGUGACUAUUGUGUGAUAAUAGUGUGAUGAUGGUGUGCAGAUCAGCUGUGUUGACUCGGACACAAGGUCUGUGUUUCCUACAUGGGUACCUGUAGUGGUCGGGUUUCAGGGAUACCCUCACAACUGCAGAUCACCAUCUCGGCAUGGCAUUAACAUGAAUGUACAACAACAGAAACUGUAUGUCAGACGUCGAUUAAGUGUUAGGAUUCUGGUGCGUACGUUCAGUCUAAAGAUGACGAUUCGCUGAAUACAAAGUGAUGAACAAGCAAAAAGUGCGUACAGCCGAUCAUCAUGGUAAGAAACUUUUGAACAAAAUGGAACUGAAACCAGUGGGAUAUAACAGAGUGGUAUCUUUUAGAAAUUAGACAUUUGAUCGUGGAAGAGUUGUCAUGAAUAAACAGUCCCUGGAUUCAUCAAACACAGCAAGAUGGCCACCGUAGUACAAGGCCACUGCCAGUUUGCGGCGUGUUUAGUUGUGGACACAGGUACGACUCGCGUACUUCCGUCAACUCGGAAUAUCACACUGAACGGCCUGGAGUAGGGGUACACACCCUACAUAACUUGUCAGAAACACUCGUGACGUGUAUUUAUUGUGCUCUUGGUAGACCGACAUGUAAUAUUAUGUGAUAAUGUUCGAAGAGGUACUGACCUUCACCCAAGGUGAUGUUGUGGUUGGUUAUAUAACCACUCAUGGAAGAAAGGCGAAUCCAUACACGUCUAGACUUCACAGAACCACAUUUCAUGCCGCUCUUAUUUUGUUUUUGUUUUUCACCCUGUACGACCUGCCUCCAGCAUGACCUCAUAUGCAUAGCUGGAAUAUUGCUGAGUUCGGCGUUAAACUAAACUCACUAACUCAUUGCCCUCGGUAUGACAGUCACAUACAGACAGAUGCAAGAAACGUCAUGGCCAGUCUGGGGCACCUGGGCCUUCUUUGACAAAGCACUAAGGCCACUAAGGUAACCUUAGUGCAGUAUUAAAGAAUGGGAGUUCAGGUUAACCUUAGUAAAGGUUGCUUCGUGAAAGGAGCCCCUUGUAUCAUAUUAGCCUGGUAGGGUUCAUCAUGUCCACGCGUGCUCAAGACUAACACAAGUAUACUUCGAACUUUAAACCAAAUGGUUCUUUUUGACGAACUCUGAUCUCAAACAUUUAUCAUAUGUACUUCAUGUUUUGUUAAACAACCUUAAGAUUGUAAAGAAUGUAACUGUUUCGUUUAUGUACAACGAACACAUAGAUCCAGCCGGUGACGGAUGCCAGAUGUUUAACCACAAUGUACAUACUGUCACUACACUGGGUUUCAUUUCCCUCGUCUUGCCGUGGAAACAUCACUAUAGGAAAGAUAGACCAUUAAUGUAAAUUGGCUUCCAUUUCCCUUGUUGCCAUGGAAACCUCCUUAUUCAAAAGAUAGACCAUUGUUGUACAUUAGGUUCCAUUUCCCUUGUGUUACCAUGGAAACCUCCUUAUUCAAAAGAUAGACCAUUGUUGUACAUUAGGUUCCAUUUCCCUUGUGUUGCCAUGGAAACCUCCUUAUUCAAAAGAUAGACCAUUGUUGUACAUUAGGUUCCAUUUCCCUUGUGUUGCCAUGGAAACCUCAUUCAAAAGAUAGACCAUUGUUGUACAUUAGGUUCCAUUUCCCUUGUGUUGACCACUUGACUAAGAUCAUUGCCCUAAGUAAUUCAAUGAUGUUAAUAUUAACCCCCUCGACCAACUUGCAAAAAAACCACUUUAGUUCUAGACAGUUGCAACCCUGUGUCACGUUGUACAGAUGGGUUCUGAUGAUGUGGUGGGACCUGUCUUGAAGGAGAAUCCGCUCUUAUUGCUUGUCUGGUACCUCACCGCUGAGUAACACACAUACAUCUGUGCUUGUGUAUUAACCUGUGAUAUUCUUCAAAUGCAGAUAUAAGCAUCUUUUGUCUGUCUUGUGUACCAUGAAACUUGUUUCCUGGGUGUAGAAAGCUUUGAGCCAUGUCUACAUUGUCAUUAAAAUACGAGUCUUUCAAAAAUUGAUAUGCGCGUAAUUGUCUCUCUGCUUUAACGGGAUCAAGUUCUCAAUAUUAAAACAGGAGUCCUAAGGUAAGAACACAUUAGUGUCCCCUACGUAUGUACCAUAGAAGGAUCCUUGCUCUUUGAAUGCUCUAACUGGACGUUGGUGUAUAAAGUACCUCUAAUUUAAACCCUUGUUCAUAAAGGAAACCCCAUAUAUGUGUGUAAAUUGCACUAAAGGACACUUUAAUAUAAUAAUCAUAAUAUAUUUCAUUAUAUCGUAUUAUUAUUUUGUAAUUACAUCACUUUAGUUAUAAUUCUACCCAAACCGGGAUGGUUAGCCCCAAUCCAAAUUGAUUAUUAUACUCCAGUACCAUAUUUCUAGUAGGAAGUGCUCAAGCAGAUAAGAAAAUUGGCCACAAGAAAAUUAAGUGAGUUGCCACAGAUAGAGCGAUAGUGAACAAGUUUCGUUCAAACAGCAACCACACUAAAAAUGUAUAUAACAGUUGGUAGGCAUAUCCUCCUUCCCACUGCUGUAAAUAAUCUGUGAUAUACCCAUGAAAAUAGGGACUGUCAUGUUUUUCGGUCCUGGCAAAGGGGAUUUCCUAGAGAUUACAUAUCUCACAGGGUGCUAUUUCAGCAGUGUGUUUCAUACAGGGUGCUGUAACAGUGGCCUCCAACCCCUGGGAACUAACAUGAGUGUGUAACUGGUAAUCCCUGACUGUUUGAUGGUGAUUUGGGCCAGUGCCGGAUCCGCGAUAAAUGCUCAUGUGAUAGUCUUUCCCAAGUUAAGAAGAGCCUUGCUUGUUUUCUUUCAAACACUUUCUUUUAAAGACACAAAUGUGUUGAUGAAAACUGUACUAUAAUCUCUUUGAACUGUAAAUAAAGUUCUUUCUUUCA